AUGAUGGCCACGAAGGAGAAACAAGAAAGCGCUGUUAUUAACAAACAAACGUUCAAACAGCCAGGAGCAUCUUCAAAAAAGAAAACUAUCAAUGCAAUAAAAACUCCGAGAAUUGCACCAAAACUACUACCAUAUGUCCCACCCGACGCUCUUAUGUAUCAACUAUUCAACGCUAUUGAAUGCAAGGCGUGGUCAGAAGCAAAAACACUCUGCUAUGAGCUGGUUCUAUGUGAUCCGUGGAGAAAGAAUUAUCGUGAUCUUUACGAACGGAUUGAACGAGUUAUCAAAAUAAAAAAUGAACGUCGUCGUCCUCGACAGUAUAUCAAGAGAACCGUCACUGCCAAUAGUGAUAGCAGUGAACGAGUAACAACGAAUCGACGAUAA